CACUCAGAUGGGAAGGUUCCUAAGCCAAAUGGAGUAUUGGGACGCAGCCUCCGCUUCAGAGCGUCAGUCGGUGACGUCACGGCCAAGCGUGUUUACAUCGGGCUCAUAUCAGACAGCUCGAGUCUCCACCGGCAGUAAACAUGGCCGCCACAGAGGGAAGCAAGCUGUGGGGGGGCCGCUUCGUGGGAGACACCGACCCAGUCAUGGAGAAGUUCAACGCGUCCAUCGCGUAUGACCAGAGGAUGUGGGACGCUGAUGUCCGGGGGAGCAAGGCGUACGCGAGGGCUCUGGAGAAGGCAGAGCUGCUCACCGCCGAAGAGGUGAAGCAGAUCCUGCCCGGGCUGGAGCAGAUUUCUGAAGAGUGGUCUAAAGGUGUUUUUGUUAUUAAACCUGGAGAUGAAGAUAUUCAUACUGCCAACGAGCGCAGACUCAAGGAGCUGAUUGGUGCUCCAGCGGGGAAGCUGCACACUGGCAGGAGCAGAAAUGACCAGGUGGUGACUGACAUGAGGCUGUGGCUGCGAGACGCCAUCUCAACCCUCACGGAAGAUGCCCUCCAGAUGAUCUCUACCAUGGUGGAGCGGGCUGCAGCGGAAAUCGACGUCCUGUUUCCCGGUUACACCCACAUGCAAAGAGCUCAGCCAAUCAGGUGGAGUCACUGGAUUCUAAGUCACGCUGUUGCUCUGAGCAGAGAUGUCGACCGGCUUCAGGAGAUCAGGAGAAGAGUUAAUAUUUUACCUCUUGGAAGCGGUGCCAUCGCUGGAACGCCGUUUGACAUCGACAGGGAGCUACUGCGGAAAGAGUUGGAGUUUGAGGACAUCAGUCUAAACAGUAUGGACGCCACGGGCCAAAGAGACUUUAUUGUGGAGUUCUUGUUCUGGGCGUCGUUGUGUGUGACCCACCUCAGUAAGAUGGCGGAGGACCUGCUGCUGUACAGCACAAAGGAGUUCUCCUUCAUCACCCUGUCGGACGCCUACAGCACAGGCAGCAGUCUGAUGCCCCAGAAGAAGAACGCCGACAGUCUGGAGCUGAUCAGGAGCAAAGCAGGUCGUGUCUUUGGUCAAUGUGCAGGGUUCAUGAUGACGCUGAAGGGCCUGCCCAGCACCUACAACAAAGACCUGCAGGAGGACAAGGAGGCCAUGUUUGACUGCUAUGAUACUGUGCAUGCUGUGCUGCAGGUGACGACUGGAGUCAUGUCAACUCUCAAGAUCAACCAGAGUGUGAUGGAAGCGGCCCUCAGUCCUGACAUGUUGGCUACAGAUCUGGCCUACUACCUUGUGAGGAAGGGGAUGCCAUUCAGAGAGGCCCAUGGCGUCUCUGGUAAAGCUGUUUUUAUGGCUGAGUCCAAAAGUAUCGCACUGAACCAACUCACUGUGGAAGACCUGAGUGCUCUUAGCCCGCUGUUUGGAAGCGAUGUGUCCUCCGUGUGGGACUACAGGAGCAGUGUGGAGCAGUACAGCGCCCCCGGAGGCACAGCCAAGAGUAGCGUCCUUGCACAGGUGGAACACCUGAGGAACUGGAUCAAGAAACUGAAAACAGUGACCUCGGCCAAGUAACACCUUGUAUAUUUGUAUAUCGGGUUUACUGAUAAUACGAUAAUGACGUAUCAGACUGAGGUCAGGAAGAAUUAGAAACCACGUUGCCUUUCAAACACCCACCCUUCUUCUUUUCAAGCAACCGUAUUGACAGAGGAGUCAGUUGAUCAGGCACAGAGAGCAAAUGUUACAAAAGACCUGACUCGUGUAAACGUAUUCGACAAAUAAGGAAUAAAUGUUACUUGUGUUUUA